CCGAAACACGACGCUCCACAGAUCCUACUUGGCCUAGCUGCCACUCGCUCGGCUGCAUGCAUGCACGUACGGCCUCUGUGUUAUAUUCACUGCUUGCUUCAUUGCCGUUUCUUCCAAUGAUAAUCUCAAGCUUGCUGUGUGCGGGUUCACAUAGCUGCGGCCUGCCUUCAAUUUCAAGCCACCUCGGAGUUUUUGCUUAUCCGGUAAUCUGAGCGAUUCUUACAGUCUCAACUAGGUACUGCCCCUUCAAAUGAUGUUCCGUACGCAUCAUGUGCGUGGCAACUGAGAGACUAUCUCCCGUUCACUCCACGCGGACAUCCCCCUCAUCACUUACUACCCCAUGCAAUGUCUAGAAAAAAUCCGUUCAAAAUCUUCCCCCAACGUAACAAAGGAAAUCAUUCCGCUCCCAGCUCAUCUUUACAUCAGCCGCUCCCCUCGAGCUCCUCCGAGUCACCUCGUGUUCCCCAGAUCAAUAUCACUGACCCCCCGAUACCCCGAGAUCACGACAACACUCACAGCGAUCGACACGGGACGACCGGCCAGGCCGUUCCCUCUAUUGACAGAGAUUCGGAAUCUCUUAUGGGUCGUGUAUUCGAGAGGGCCCGUCGGAAAUUGAGCCCUAAUCGCAGCAGGCCUAGUACCCCCAAUCUCGUUGAACCAUCCAGGCCAGCCAGGCCUCUCCAGCUGUCCGCUAAUGAUGCAAUACUUCCUUCAUUUCCCCUCGCCCGUGGGGAAAAUAUUGAUAAUUCUCAUGAAACAUCUCCCUCGUAUGCCACACAUGACAAUGGCCUCAGCGUUCAUGCACAAUUGGAACGUGAGGAUACCAGUGUGCCCCCCUUAUCGGAACACACGGUAACACCAUCGGCCAGCUCAGGCAGUGAUCGAAAGAAUGUAAUCAUCGGCGCUACUAGACUCGUUCUCCAAAAUGCGGCCUCCGCCCUUAAGUUUGCCCCGUUUCCGAAUCUUGAUGCAAUCCCGAACUUGCUUUUGAAGUGGCUCGAUGUCUACGAGACUGUCGGUGGAAACGACGAAAGUCUUAAAGGAUUGGACGAUGACAUCCGAAAGGCCUACGACACUGUUUUGGAGCCACUCGCGCUGUCGACUGAGCCUAUACCCGAUGAAGUAGUUGUUUUAAUUAAGCGGUUCCACUCGGCCCUGGAAGAACAAAAACAAAGGAUCGACGCACUCAAUAAUCAAGGUUCCGUGAAGAGGACGAUCUUAGCACCCGAAAUCAGCACGAGGAUAAGUGAUGUGAAGGCGUGUAUAAAUGAUGCUGUUAACAACUUCUCGGUCCGUUCCCAUGGGGCUCCCAAGUGCUCUAUGUACUGACUGAGUGUGUGCC